AUGGACACCAAAACGAAGGAGCAGUACCUCGCGGAUUCUCCGCCGACUGUCGUCAGGCUUGAAAUCAAGCCGCACUUCGAAGCGUUACCAGACGAGAAAUUAAAAAGAUAUGCCCAUUUCAUUAGCAGAGCUGCGUUCUUAGGUACGAGGAUCACUCUUCGUCAGGUUUCUCCUGAAUCCGAGCCAAUCUACGAUCUCAUCAUUUCCCUUUACCGGGCCUGUAACGGUAACUGGAAAUCCCUUGGUGAAAAGACCGGAGUUAGCCAAGAGGAAGUAACACACUUUUUGGAGUAUGCAGCGCAGUUCUUAGGAAAUUGCGGCAACUACAAGGGCUUUGGAGACUCCAAGUUCAUCCCUAGGAUCCCGGAAAACAUAUUCAAACAGUUGGCAUCCAUAACACAAGCUACCAAAGAUGCCUUUGAGACGGCAUCUAAAUCUGGCGGCGAAGAUGGCCAUAUGACAACAUACUACCCCGAUUCUCCCACCAUUACAAAAGAAGAAAUCACUUUGGUCGGUGAUUUCCUAGAGAAAAAGAAGCUGCUACUUGAAAACACGAGACUAAGAAAGACCAAAAAUGGCGAUUUUGAGCUCCUCAUUGCUUCGGCGCAAAAGAACCCUGCCGGCAGCGAUCGUGAUGUUGGUGAUGUGAACGGAUGGCCUUUGGACGGGAAGCUCCAAGGGAAGCAUCUUUCUCUGAUUUAUGGUGAUUAUGCCGAGCAAAUGGCGAAGAUUGAAGAAAGCUCCAAGCAAGCUAGUCUGGAUGCCGCAAACGAAAUCCAAAAGAAAAUGUAUGAUGAAUACGCCAAAUCAUUUAGGACGGGGUCACUUGAAGCAUUUAAGGAAAGCCAGCGAUUUUGGAUUAAAGAUAAAGGCCCAAUGGUGGAGUCAGACCUAGGGUUCGUGGAAACAUAUCGCGAUCCCCAUGGCGUUCGUGGAGAGUGGGAAGGCUUUGCUGCCAUGGUCAACCAGGAUCGGACAAAAGCAUUUGGCAAAUUAGUCGCAAAGGCCGAAAGUUUUAUCCCAAAAUUACCAUGGGGCAAAGAUUUCGAAAAGGACAAGUUCCAUAGCCCUGAUUUUACUUCAUUAGAAGUUUUGACCUUUGCCGGAAGUGGUAUCCCCGCCGGAAUCAACAUUCCCAACUAUGAUGAUAUUCGUCAGAAUUUGGGUUUCAAGAACGUCUCUCUUGGAAAUGUUCUGAGUGCAAAAGCCCCCAACGAACCGAUACCCUUUAUCCGCGAGCAAGAUCUGGAACUCUUUCGGAAAUAUCGAGAUCCUGCAUUCGAAGUUCAAGUAGGUAUUCACGAAUUGUUAGGGCAUGGUACCGGUAAAUUGUUGCAGGAGACAGCUCCCGGUGAAUACAAUUUCGAUAUUUCCAAUCCUCCUCUAAGUCCCAUCACAAACAAACCCAUUUCAACAUGGUACAAGCCCGGACAGACCUGGAGCUCCGUUUUUGGGUCCAUCGCUUCAUCAUACGAGGAAUGCCGUGCAGAAUGCGUUGCCAUGGCCCUCGGCUGCGAUUUCGGUAUUCUGGAGCUUUUUGGCUUCGGAAAUGGUAAAGAAGACCUUAACGGCGAGGCAGGAGAUGUGCUUUAUGCGAGCUACUUGACAAUGGCACGUGCCGGUGUCGUGGCUUUAGAAUUCUGGGAUCCAAAGAGCCAGAAGUGGGGACAAGCGCAUAUGCAAGCACGAUUCAGUAUCCUUCGAACGUUUCUCGAUGCCGGGGGCGACUUUGUUCAAUUGAAACACAGUCAGGCCGAUCUGUCAGAUCUCGAAAUUCACCUUGACAGGUCCAAGAUUUUGACCCAUGGACGUCCCGCCGUCGAGAAGUACUUACAGAAACUCCACGUUUACAAAUCCACAGCGGAUUUUGGAGAAGGGAAAAAGCUGUACGAUGGAAUCACGGCUGUGGAUGAAUGGUGGGGCCAGAAAGUCCGGCCAGUUGUAUUGCAGAAAAAGGUCCCUCGCAAGGUAUUUGUGCAGGCAAAUACCGUGUUAGAGGGCGAUAAGGUGAUGUUGAAGGAAUACGAGCCGACUCUAGAGGGCAUGAUUCAAAGUUAUGCUGAGAGAGAUGUGUAA